CCUCCUCCAUCUCCCACCAGUCACCAGCAAAAAAGAACACGUAGCCACUGUAAAACCCUGCACGAAGACGCAGCACAGCUUCCUCGUAGUUCAAGUUCCUCUGAAAACAUCCUCUUUGGUUCUGCUUAAAAUCUACACUUUGAAGACAAGAUGGUGAGCAAAAUACAGAAACUAGCACGAAAGAGAUUCAAAGGGGAACAUCCUGAUUUGUAUCCAAAACCAGAACCAACACUACUCAAGGAUCCCAACAAGAAGAAGAAGAAGAAAAAGAGCUUGCUCAAGAGAAAAAAUUCUGACCCAAAGGAGCCUUAUAAAAAAGGGUUUAGACGACACCCACUUAGAGUUCCUGGUAUGAAGCCUGGUGAUAGUUGUUUUAUUUGUAAAGCUAAAGACCAUAUUGCCAAACUUUUCCCUAAAAAAUCUGAGUGGGAAAGGAAUAAGAUAUGUUUGCUUUGUCGGCACCGUGGGCAUAGCCUCAAGCAUUGUCCUAACAAGAAUGACGAGACUAUGGAUCAGAAAUUGUGUUACAGUUGUGGGGAAAAAGGGCAUUCGCUUUCUCAAUGUCCUCAGCCAAGAGAAGAUGGGGGGACAAAUUUGCCAAUUGCUUUAUUUGUAAUGAACGUGGACAUUGCGAACGCGGCGUCUGGAAUGGCUGUUGAUGAUGAAUGUAAGCUGAAGUUCUUGGAACUAAAGGCGAAGAGGAACUACCGAUUCAUCAUUUUCAAGAUCGAGUCUCAGCAGGUGGUGGUAGAGAAACUUGGGAGCCCUGAAGAAACUUACGAGGAAUUCGCUGCAUCUCUCCCUGCUGAUGAGUGUCGCUACGCUGUCUUUGAUUAUGAUUUCACAACUAAUGAGAAUUGCCAGAAAAGUAAAAUCUUCUUCAUUGCAUGGUCACCUGAUACAUCAAGGAUCCGAAGUAAGAUGGUCUAUGCAAGCUCCAAAGACAGAUUCAAGAGGGAACUAGAUGGCAUUCAAGUGGAGUUGCAAGCAACAGAUCCUAGCGAAAUGAGCUUCGACAUUAUUAAGUCUCGAGCUCUUUAGACAUUGUUGUUUCUCUUCCUUCAACUGCCAGCCUUUCUUGACGAAUUUCAUUUCUCGGGUGUUGUUUAUUUAUUUACUUUUUUAUGUUUAUUCUUCUAAUUUAGUCCUAAUUUUUGU